CUCCGAUGCUUCCUCGAUCAUUCCUGGGCCCGAAUAACCUCAUCAUCAUAUAAAACGUCCAUCCCAACGAUCCGACUCUGUGGUGCAGUCUGAGCCAUCCCUGCUACACCAUGAAGCUGACAGCCCUUUCUCUUUCGACGGUGCUUGCUCUGGGGUCUUUCCCUGGCAGCAGGUCUGUGCCUACUUCGAGCGACUUGACAACUCAAGAUAUCUCGCGACGUGCCCUCUCCAACGCCCCCGAUGGAUAUGCUCCCAGCAAUGUGACCUGCCCUUCCAGCAGACCCACGAUUCGAAGCGCAUCGACGCUCUCGAAGAAUGAGACUGCAUGGCUCGAUGUGCGCCGUCAGCAGACUAUCCCAGCCAUGAAAGACUUCUUCGGGCAUCUCAACAUGAGCGACUUCGACGCGGUCUCCUACAUCACCCAGCAUGCCUCCAACGUCUCCAACCUCCCCAACAUCGGCAUCGCGGUAUCGGGCGGAGGCUACCGGGCCUUGACCAACGGGGCCGGCGCACUCAAGGCCUUCGACAGCCGCACGGAGGGCUCGACCCAAAGCGGCCAACUGGGGGGGCUUCUGCAGGCGGCAACGUAUGUCUCCGGCUUGUCUGGCGGCGGCUGGCUGCUGGGAUCGGUCUACAUCAACAACUUCACCACCAUUUCCAACCUCCAGACCUACAAGGAAGGCGAGGUGUGGCAGUUCCAAAACUCGAUCAUCAAGGGCCCCAAGACCAAAGGGCUGCAGAUCUGGGACACGGCCCAGUACUACGAGGAACUGGUCAAGGUGGUCGCAGGCAAACGCGAUGCGGGCUUCAACAUCUCCUUCACCGAUUACUGGGGCCGCGCGCUCUCCUACCAACUCAUCAAGGCCACCGACGGCGGUCCCAGCUACACAUGGUCGUCCAUCGCCUUGACCGACGACUUCCGUGCCGGCAAAAUGCCCCUGCCGCUCCUCGUCGCGGACGGACGCAACCCCGGCGAGAUCCUGGUGGGCAGCAACUCGACCGUCUACGAGUUCAACCCCUGGGAAUUCGGCAGCUUCGACCCCUCCAUCUUCGCCUUCGCGCCGCUCGAGUACCUGGGCUCGUAUUUCGAAGAGGGCCGCGUGCCCCGCAACUCCACCUGCGUGCGCGGCUACGACAACGCCGGGUUCGUGAUGGGCACCUCCUCCAGCCUCUUUAACCAAUUCAUCCUCAAGCUCAACACCACCGACCUACCCAGCACCCUCAAAGACAUCGCCGCCGAGAUCCUCGAGGAGCUGGGCGACCGCAACGACGACAUCGCCAUCUACGCGCCCAACCCGUUCUACCGAUACCACCACGAGCAAACCGCCCACCUCAACGUCGUCGACGGCGGCGAGGACAAGCAGAACCUGCCCCUGCACCCGCUGAUCCAGCCGACGCGCCAGGUGGAUGUGAUUUUCGCCGUCGACUCCUCCGCCAGCACCGCCAACCACUGGCCCAACGGCAGCCCGCUGGUGGCGACCUACGAGCGCAGCCAGAACGCCAGCGGCGCCGGCAACGGCACCGUCUUCCCCAGCAUCCCCGACAAAAACACCUUCGUCAACCUCGGACUCAAUACGCGGCCCACCUUCUUUGGCUGCAACAGCUCCAAUCUCACCGCUCCGGCGCCGCUGCUGGUCUACCUGCCCAACUACCCCUAUACGACCUACUCGAACAAGUCGACCUUCCAGCUCACCUACGCGAUCUCCGAGCGCGACGAGAUGAUCACCAAUGGAUAUAAUGUCGUCACCAUGGCCAACGGCACCCGCGAGGCCUUCGCCGACUGGCCCACCUGCGCCGGCUGUGCCGUGCUGGCGCGCUCAUUCGACCGUACGCAAACGGAGGUCCCGGCCGUCUGCGCCCGCUGCUUUGAGAAGUACUGUUGGGAUGGCACGCGCAACAGCACGGAGCCGGCGACGUACGAGCCGAGCGUGUUGCUGGCGGCGGCCUCCUCAAGAGACAUACAAGCGAUUCUCAAUCUUAUCCAUCACCGGGAGCGUGGUGGUGCUGGUGGUGAGACAACAGUACAGAAGAGAAGGCAUGAAGACGUCAGUAACGACUAG